AUGAAAGAUUCUGGAGGAAGCCAUUACGGAGAACGGGCUCGAACUGGUAGAGGAGUAUCAUCCUCGGAUCGGCCAGGAUCUCCUCCCAGGGCGGCCCGUCGCAGCCCAAGCAGCGAGUCUCGAUAUCGCCAUUCUGGUUCAAGGCACCGUCACGCCUCGUCCAGAGACGAUCGUCGUCGUUCUCGCGAUCGCAGCAGAGAUCGUUCGCGACAACAUCGAACCGAAUCUGCACGCCGAGGCCCCGAAGUAGAGGAUCUUAUUCCACGUUAUCGAGCGCAAAAGGCACGCCACCGGGAUCCUGACGACGAACAAAACGAUCGAAGCGGGAUCACGAAACAUCCCGGCCAUCUCGAGACCGUUCUCCGGACACGGAGUCGAGAAGGCAUAGACGCCGGUCCUCCCACGAGCGCCAUCGCCACCACCAUCGACAUCGAUCAAGAUCUCCUGGUCGCCACUCUCAUUCUCGUCGCUCUCCCUCCCCAUCACGAAGCUCCCGAUCGAAACGCAAGGUAUUCUCCAGAUCUCGCUCGCGGUCCAGGCGCGAAUCCGUGUCACGAUCCCGGCCGUCGAGAAGCUCUGGCAGGCCCAGAUCCAGAUCUAGAGAGUACAGGUCGAAAGACCGCCGGCCGACAUCACGGAGUCCAUCUCCUCCUGGAAGCCGUCGACACGAUUCUUCUCGCCGCCAUCACACCACCUCUCUCUCGAGCCACCCCUCUGCAGCUGCACCCAGCGGCCCGCCUGCUAGCGGCAACGACUCCCGAUCUCAGAGAGAAGCGCCACAGCGGUCCCCUAGAUCCCAUCGCGAAAUCAGACAUCAGGGAGACUCUAGGCUACUCCAAGUCUCCUCAGCAUGGCGGCUCCUUUCAUAACUCGCAGUCUACUUCUCCUUAUGGAGCAGGGCGGUCCGGGUGGAAUGGUCAAUAUACCCCUGAGCAUCAACACCCUCCUCCAUACCACCAUGGCCCGGGUCAAUAUGGCCCACCCAGCGGCCCAGCAGACCAUUAUCACUCACAACCCCCGCGAUCCCCUCCUUACGGGGCUCCGUCGGGCCCGAUGAACUCUCAUGGCUCGGGAAACUAUCGAGGCGUGGCGGGAUCCCAAGCAGGCAGUCAACGAGGCGGUCCCUUUCAAGGUCGGGGGGGGUUCAAAGGGCCGAAUACCAAAGCUUGGGGUCCGGCUAGCUCAGACUCAACGGCAAGAUCACAUCCGCAGCAUGCAGACGAACACGGGCCAAGGCGUUAUAGCACUGCUGGUGGUUCUAGGGAGGACGACGGAUCCAAACCCGCGGGGAUGGAUAUUGAUAGAGAAAGCAGGUCAGCAGAGCCGAGCACAGGAGUUCAUGUCCCGCCCAGAGAGAAGACUGUUGAGGAGACACAAGCAGCUCCAUCUCGCCCAACGCCAACAGGUCCUGGAUCCGCCCAGUCUAGUGCGUCAGGAAAGUUCAGUUUUGCCUUCAAAGCUUCUUCAAAGCCCACACCAACGGCACCAAAGCCGGAGAUUUCACAAAAAUUCAAUGCACCUUCAAAGAAGGAUGUUUCUACGAAAGACAGUACCACGGAGAGAGAGCCUCCCCGCUCGGCGCCUACAGAGCCUGCAUCGGCCAGGCAGCGGCUGGACUUUAGGAACCCGCCUCCAGACGGCCCCAAGAUAGCUCCUAGGACGCGGAAGGUAAAGAAAACUGUGCGACGAGCCAAGCAACGCCCUUCUUUGGAGCCAGAUUUGGUUGGGUCUGAAUCUGUGUUUUACCGAAAACCUGGCAACGAAUCUGUGGUUGGAUCUGGGACCUAUGGCAAAGUGUUCAAAGGUGUCAACGUGUAUACAAAGGGCUUAGUUGCUCUGAAACGCAUCCGCAUGGAGGGCGAGCGAGACGGCUUCCCUGUGACGGCAGUUCGAGAAAUCAAACUGCUGCAGUCGCUGAGACAUGCUAAUAUUGUCAAUCUUCAAGAAGUUAUGGUGGAGAAGAACGAAUGCUUCAUGGUGUUCGAAUAUUUGUCACACGACUUGACAGGUCUUUUGAACCACCCAACAUUCAAAUUGGCACCUGCGCAAAAGAAGGACCUGGCCAAACAGCUGUUUGAGGGAUUGGACUACCUCCACACUCGUGGUGUCCUGCAUCGAGAUAUCAAAGCCGCAAAUAUUCUGGUCAGCAACACCGGCGUGCUCAAACUGGCCGACUUUGGGCUUGCUCGCUUCUAUGCGAAGCGACACCAACUGGAUUACACCAACCGUGUCAUAACUAUUUGGUAUCGAUCUCCUGAGUUGCUGUUGGGAGAAACCCAGUACACAGCCGCUGUGGACGUAUGGAGCGCGGCAUGUGUGAUGGUGGAGAUUUUCAACAGGACAGCUAUUUUCCCAGGCGAUGGCACAGAACUGAGUCAAUUGGAAAAAAUUUACAGUGUUUUGGGUACGCCGAACCGCCAGGAAUGGCCUGGACUAGUUGACAUGGCUUGGUUUGAACUCCUUCGGCCAACAGUGAAGCGGAAGAGCGUCUUUUUCGACAAGUACAUUUCAAAGUUGACUCCUGCAGCAUUCGAGUUACUAUCUGCCAUGUUCCAAUAUGACCCUGCGAAGCGACCAACCGCUGCCGAAGCUUUGCAGCAUGCUUAUUUCACCACGGAAGAGCCAUUACCGAAACAGGCAACAGAACUGGCCGAGAUUGAGGGAGACUGGCAUGAAUUCGAGUCAAAAGCUUUACGCAAGGAGAAUGAGCGACGAGAACGGGAGGCACGAAAGGGAGUUGCCAAGGAGCCAGUUCGGGAAAAGGAGAAAAAACGAGCAACACAGGACGGCAGCGAUGGAGAACGGGAGGUGAAGAGAGCGCAUAUUGAAUCAAAGGAAGCAUAA